UUGACAUAUUAGACAACCUUGGGAACGAUCUUACGUGCUAAACAUUCUUUAGUACGUUUUAAUCACAAAAAAAAAAUUCAUUUCGGAUUCAUUUUGCCUGUGAGUCAUCAACACUGCAGAUAUAAUUUGAAUUUGUUGCUUAUCACAUCGUUCCGAAUCAGUAAACAAAUCGUAAACGUUGUAAGAUUACAUUCAAACCGUCGAUAUCUCAAACAUUCCAUCGAAACAAUGUCUGAACUGUUGGUUGUCCCACUGAAAAAACCUGCAGAGGUAAACAUUGCACCGCUAGGGAAUUUGAUACAAAGUGCGUACCAAUCGAAUUCGCCUGAAACUGCGGUUAGUUAUUCCGAAGCUGUUAGUGAAUUCGGUAAACUAAGGAACAUUGCGAUAUGGAAGUUUUUCGAGAAGCACGAAUCGUCGUUGGAAAUUGUUUAUGGAUAUUAUGACCAAUUAUGUGCCUUGGAAACAAAAAUUCCGGUGAAUGAGUUGCAGAUUCCGUUCAAAUGGAAAGAUGCAUUCGACAAAGGUUCACUUUUCGGUGGAAGAAUGAGUCUGACGUUAACAUCAUUGGCCUAUGAAAAAGUUUGCAUUUUAUUUAACAUUGCUGCCCUUCAGAGCGCCAUAGCAGCUUCACAGAGCAUUGAGAAUGACGACAGUCUUAAACUAGCUUCCAAGCUCUUUCAACAGAGUGCUGGAAUAUUCAAUCACUUGAAGAGUCUGACUCCGGCAGCAAUUCCACAAGAGCCGACUCCUGAUUUGAAUCCGGAAACUUUGCAAACUUUGUCAAAUUUGAUGAUUGCGCAGGCUCAGGAAAUUUUUGUCAUUAAAGCGAUACGAGACAAUAUGAAAGACGCUAUCGUCGCCAAGCUAGCUUGUCAAUGUGAGGAACUGUACGCUGAAACACUACGUGGCUUGCAAAAGGAUUCAGUGAAAUCGAUCUGGGAUAAAGAAUGGAUACCGACCAUUGCUGGAAAACAGGCUGGAUUCCAUGCCCUAACACAACUCUAUCAGAGUUUGGUUAAUCGUAGUAACAAAGCGGUUGGCGAAGAGAUUGCCCGUUUAACACAUGCUGUCGAACUGUUCAAAUCCGCCCAAUCUCGUUCCGGCAAAUCGAAUUUGUUCGAAGAUUAUGCUGGACGGGCGCAACGCAAUCUGGCUGAAUCAAAAAAGGACAACCACUUCAUUUACAACGAAACCAUUCCAGAUAUAAAAAAUUUGGUUGCUCCUGGUAAGGCGCUCUUGGCAAAGCCUACAGCUCUACAGGCAACAUUCAAUCAGAGUCCAAAAGAUCUGUUCGAGAAUCUCGUUCCGGUUGCUCUACAUCAAGCGUUGAGUGCAUGCGAAACGCGAAAGAACGAGUGCGUGAACACGGAAAUCAUGAAACUUCGAGAGUCGACCCAGCUAUUGAAUAGCAUAUUGGCAAGUUUGAAUUUACCGGCUGCGAUCGAGACGAAUGAAGGCUGCUCUGUGCCGCCAUCGCUGUUAGAGAAAAGUGAAGAGGUUCGCAGUAAGGGUGGUAUCGAUCACAUUAGGAAUCUCAUUGCCGAACUGCCCGAUCUUCUCAACCGAAACCGUGAAAUCCUCGAUGUCACCGAUCGUAUGCUCGAUGAGGAAGCGGAGUCUGACAAAGAAUUACGUGAAAAAUUCAAACAACUCACUCGAACACCGUCGGAUAAAUUGACCAUUAACUUCCGGUCCAAUGCCGCGAAAUAUCGGGAGAUAAUCAACAACGCCGUCCAAGCUGACAAGAUUGUCCGCGAAAAAUUCGACAAGUGUGCAAACGGCAUGGAAUUACUGUCGAAAAGUAUGGCCGAUCUGGAGAACGCCGUUCCAAGCAGCAAUACAGCAGAUGUACCGAAUUGUUCCACCAGAGAUGUAUUGAAGCAGCUAAUGGAAUCCGUCGCUACAAUGAAAGCCGAACGUGAUGUUAUCGAAUCUGAACUGAAAUCAGCCACAGUGAAUAUGCGAAAUGAGUUCCUGGAAGCGCUGAGUCAGGACGGAGCCAUUAAUGAGCCAGCUCUGUCAGUGUCUGGAAUCGGAAAAGUGCUUGGACCGUUGCAGGGUCAGGUUAAGGAGAGCCUUGAACGCCAGGAGAUAUUGGUUGGUGAGAUACAGACAGCACAUAAGAAUUUCGUGGAUGAGACGGGUUCUGGAACCGGUUCACGAGACGCAUUUUACACGGAACUGUCUCUGGCGUACGCCAGUUUUAUCGAACUGGAUAACAAUUUGAAGGAAGGAACGAAAUUCUACAAUGAUCUGACUCAGCUACUCGUCGCCCUUCAAAACAAAAUCACCGAUUACUGCUUUGCUCGGCAAACCGAAAAGAAGGAAUUCCUAAAAGAUCUGUCAUCCGAACUCAGCAAUCAUACACCGGCAGCGCCACCAACAGCUCCAGAAAAUUUCACGUCUACCAAUCCAACUCCACCUACAGCUCCCUCAUCUGCUCCGUCUCCAUACCCUCAGCAAAUCCAAGGAAUGCCGAUACCGUACGGAGCGUCUCCAGCAUACCCAAUGUAUGUACCGCCACCAAUGCCUCAAGGUUUCAAUCCGUACGCAACAUUACCUUAUCCGGCGAAUGCGUACAAUUAUCAAAACUUUCCGCAAGGACCACAACAGUACGGCACAUACCCUGGAAACUAUGCUCAACAGCAGCCACAACAACCACCCCCAGGUUAUCCUAAUUAUAAACCGCCCGGAUGGUAAUUGGCCGGAUUGAUUUUAAAAGCGUUUGAUCAAAGUUAAAAAGUUUCGGUUGCCGAAACAAUUCUCUUGUUUUACGGUAAACAAUUUAACUGCAUUUAUUAAAGAAAAUCUAUGGAUUGCUUUGGUAUUUUAUUAAAAUCUUUAAAAUGAAGAU